UUAUGACACGAAAAUUAAAAUCUCAGUUAACCUGUCCAGGUCAUUAACAUUUCAAAAUUAAAGUAAAACUUCAAAAAUGAAUCAAAAUUUAAAAUCCUGCACUCAGCACUCAUCAGAUUCUUCAAAUAGAGUUUAUAAAAUUGCAAAAUCACGACUUCGAAGUUUCAGAAGCGUUACAAGUAAGUUAUAUAUGGCAAGAAGGAAAUUACAACCUGUCGUAAACGAUAUUUUAACAGCUUCUCAGAACUCAGACGUAAAACAGGGUCAGCAAUGGAAGUCUUACUACUUGACUAUAGAUCAAUAUAAAGACGCCAUGUGGGCUGCUCGGCUAUUGAAAGAAGUCGAAGAGAUCCUGAAGUUGGAUAAACAAAAGAAACCGUCUUUUAAAACGCAGAGUUUUAACUUUGAUGCCAAAGUUAAAGUGAACAAGGGAGGAAAAAUAUAUAUAGAUACACCUAUAUUGCUGCAGUUGAUCGAUCUUCACAAACUUUUAGGAGAAAUUAUAGAUUUUUUGCAAGAAAUACCUCAAGAUGGAAAUGAUACUUCUUCUAAAGAAGAUAUUUCUGAUAACAAGUCCUCACAGUGCAAGUCUUGGACAGUUUCAACAGGAAGUUCUGAAGAUUUACGUCAAUCUGAACCAGAAAAAAUUACCAAAGAAAUACUGACAACACUAACAAUGCCUUUAAGCACAGAUUUUGUAGUAAUGGCCAAUCAUUCGAAUUCCAAAAUUCCAUCACAACAGAAGCCAUCAGCAUUAAAAAUGACUCCAACAAAUGGAUCGAAAGCAAUUUUAAGUAGUUCCUCACGAUUUACCAGUACUAAUAAUAGUAGUAAUAUGGAAGAGGUGGUCGACGCAGCAGGAGCAAAAAAAAUUAUUGUAAAAUGUAUGGCAGAUCUGGAUAAGGUUCGUCAUUUUCUGGAAAAAGAUUAUUCCGUGCAGUCUGUGACAAUUGAAAAACCCAAAUCGAAUUCAGCGGUCAAUGCGAGGAAAGGCAACAAUUCAGCGGUCAAUGCGAGGAAUGGCAACAAUGCAGCGGUCAAUGCGAAGAAUGGCGACUAUUCAGCGGUCAAUGGGAGGAAAGGCGGUAUUUCUGGACAGAACGUUGAAACAUAUUUGUAUAAUGAAGAAACUGAUUAUGAUAUGCAGCACGAAGGAUGCUGCUGUUUGGAGAAUUGUCCGGGUGAUCAACCUUUGGAAUUUACAUGGAAAGAGAAUGGAGAAACUGGAAGUAAAUUGGUAAUAUGUAUUAAAGGAAAAUCGGAAGAAGAUGGCGACAUUCAUGUUGUUAUUCGUCAGUGUCCUGAAUGUCUACACGCCGUGAUGACUGAUGAAAGUGAAGAAUGCGAUGGUUCUGUACCAGAAGAAGAUGUUCAACCAGUUGGACCAAGUGUUCACUCAUUUAAAGAACCAAGUAAAGCGGAAAUAGAUCAUUCUCCAACUCCUCCUCGUGAUCCGAGUUAUGUUGCUCCACCCCCUCCUCGAGAUCCGAGUUAUGUUGCUCCCCCUCCCCCUCGAGAUCCUAGUUAUGUUGCUCCACCUCCUCCUCGUGAUCCCAGUUAUGUGGCUCCACCUCCUCCUCGAGAUCCAAGUUAUGUUGCUCCACCUCCUCCUCGUGAUCCGAGUUAUGUUGCUCCACCUCCUCCUCGAGAUCCGAGUUAUGUUGCUCCUCCUCCUCCUCGAGAUCCAAGUCAUGUCUCUACUCAUGAACCUUCGCAUCAAAAACUUGAUAAAUCUAACCACUCCCAUGUUAUAUUUGAUCCGGAGGAACCACGUCGUUCUAUAGUUGAGGGUCCAAACAUUAAACUUAACGAUACAGUAAAUUUACAUCUUACAACCAGUGAGUGCAAUCAAGACCUAGUAAUCUCCUUAUCCGUAAAAGCAAAAGGGGUCAAAUCAACACCAGUUAUAAAUAUUGACGAUAUACUUGCCGAUUCACAAACAAGUGUUGAAAAAUCAAAAACAUCCUUAAACCAGUCAAAUUCUAAGGUAGCUGAAAAAGUAAUUCCAAUAUUCCGCACAAAAAUUUGUUCAUCCAUGGAAAUCGACUUAGAUCAUAUCAAAACAAAACUAUAUACUACAGAUAUGCACCAUCCUAGCGAAGAAGUUCAAGCAAGGUUAAACGAUAUUGGAGUUGACAAUUUAAUCAGGGCUAGUCGGCCAGCAAAAUGUGGGAGAAUAGCAGUCCUAAACGAAUUUUCGAACAAAAGCAUCCCUUACGCUCCCAGUCUUCGAUCACUUCCCUUAGAUGAUACAGAUAUUCAGUUAAUAAACCAAAGUUUAAAUAUGAGCAUAAAUAAAAUAAAACAUUCAAAAAUUUUUCUCGGAGAAAGUCACAUUGAAUCCGAGACUGAUCAAUGGAUUUACAGAUAGUAUCAAUUCGAUGCUGUUUAUACAUUUAUUCAAUAAACAGAAAAAUCAAGUUUUCCAACUAAAAAGAUGGUUGAUCCAAAGGAUGUUAAAUUUAUGUGUAUAUACAGGGAGAAUCUGUGAAAGGGCAGCUCUGAAUAUUGUGAUGCCUGCUAUUCUUGUAGUAAAACCAAGUAACGUUUUUUGUUUUGUUUCAUUAAUUUGUACUAAGGUUUUAUUAAAAUUUUUUAAAUUGAA